CCUCUUUAUGUAUAUCAGUUUGAGAGAUCGUAAGCUAAUUAGUUCUCUUAUUAAUCGUAAGCCUAUGUGUGUAUUAAUAAGUCAUGUCCAUUAUGAUAAUCUGUUUGCUGUUCAGAUGCGAUGAGCAUUAUUUAGUAAUUCAGUACGAAUGUGUGCGAUAUGUUGGUGCCGCAUUUAAUACAACGAACUGAUUGAAUUUAUUGAACGAAAUUGAGAUUAAGUGCUGUAUUAACAUAAACAAAUAUCCAAUAGAAUGGGCAUGUGAGAUGCUAACGUUUUAGAGGAAAACGAAAGUUUGAAGAGAUCGUGCAAGAAUUUCGUACGAACAAAAGCAUAUUCGGCAUGACAGAGACAGUAAAAGGUGCAAACAAUAUAUCCACAUCUUUAGAUGAUGACCGUCCAGAAAAUCCAUCUCCACCUCCAACCGUCGGACAACGAAUUAUUCGACUACCGCGUCUACUAAUCAAAAUCCUGUUUCCGUCGACAAUUUUUGCCAGUUUCUUCGUUUCAUCAAUCAUUCCGUCAAUGGCAAACAGUUUAAUUCCCAUGUUUUUCGCCGGAAACAUUGCAGCAGCUGAAUCUCUCGCCGUUACGUCUCAAUUCAUGUUUAUCAACAUUGUGCUGAAAGUGAUACACGAAGGAGUGGGCAACAGUCUGUUUCACUUUGUCGGUGCUCACUACGAACGUAAUAAACCAUUGGCGAUAUCAGCGUUUAAUUUGUCGCUACUUGUUUUGCUUAUCGCUGGAAUGACACUCACUGUGAUGAUACUGUUGUUCACUCCGCAAUUCGUGAAACUGAUCGAUACGCCCGCAUCAAUAUCCGAUGCCACAAAGCAUUACUUUUACACUAGUGCGCUCAGUUUUAUUCCAGCACUUUUUACCACUGCUUUUACUAACUAUCUCUUCAUUUCUACAAGUAAGUGGCUAGCCCUCGCGCAAGUUGUUAUCGUUUUAGUCUCAUUUUCAAUCAACUUUUUCACAUUCGGACGGCAAUCGAUUUCACUUCAUUGGAGUGUUGAUAAACUUGGUAUUUAUAAUGUCGUACAAAGUACCGCAACAAUGCUGGUGAGCGUCGGCUUUGUUCUAUUGACGGAGAAGAUGGGACCGAUUGCCUUUUUCAUGAAAACAUCGUUCAUAAAAGAUUUGAAAACGAAUUUUAGAGAAUUCUUCAGCGUUUCGUGGGGCAAUUUUGCCGAUUCGAUCGUAAGGAAUUUCUUUUAUUUUUUCGUCACCCUCAAAUUCAUCAACCAUUUGGGCAAAGAUAUAUCAGGCGCCUGGAAUCUCUUCAACAGUAUCAUUUGGGGAAUCAUUUUACUACCAGCAUUCGCAGUGGCAAACCUUAUCCGAGUGCAAAUCGGUCAUCAAUGUUCGAAAUCAACGAUUAAGGAAGUGAUAAGGGAAAGCGGAAUCUGUCUGCUGGCUUGGAUGAUCGUUAUGAUCAUAGUGACGGGAACUGUAUGGUCAACUUUGGCAUCAUUUUUUAGCAAAUCUAAUCAGAAAAUUGCUUUGAUCUCGGAAAAUAUGUUACACGACAUGGGUUGGGUGUUUGUCAUAUUUGCAUACAAUAAUGCUGUGAAUAGCUUCUUCAUGGCUACAGGCAAAGCUCAGUACAUUUUCUAUCAAAGCUUGGCUGCAAAUUUAAUUGUCUAUUUGCUGCCGUGGAUUCUGAACCUUUUUGAUAUUCUAACGCCGACCUACUGGCUGAUAAUGGGUUUGUAUAUCGCUGGAAUGUUAAUAAGUUGUUGUUUAACGAGUUAUUUUGGUGUAAUUGUCUGGAAACUCUAUUCGGAUGAUCAGUUAAAAGAAGAGAAUAAAAUUGUAAAAAACCCUUGAUAA